UGAAUGUGGUUGGGCCACUUCAUGCAAAAUGUUUUUUUUUAGAGGGAGGGGCGGGAGAAUAUCCUAUAUAAAGAUUCGUAAAGCAAAGGAUCAGCAUAUAACAGCAAAUAAACAAGACGGCAGUACCAAAUGGAUGAGUUCAAGUUUAAAAAUGCCGACCUACAGUCGAGUAGAAACCAGCCCCGCCACAGGACAAUCGGUUUGAGCUCCACCACUUUGGUCCUGAGGAGAGGACAGGCCUUUCAGAUUCUGAUUAACUUUGAUGGGAGAGCAUUCGAUCCACGCAGGGAUAAGCUGGUCUUCCAAGUUCUUCUAGGUCCGCUGUCUGUGGAAGUGCCCGUCGAAGUGCCCGUCUCUGUAUACGGACAGCCGUCCUCAUCUCAAUGGAGUGCCACUCUGGACCAGGCCGUGCCCAACCCGAACUCCCGUACAAUAUCAGUGUCGCUGUUCAGUCCCGUAUCUGCUUCUGUAGGGGUUUACUCGCUUAGUCUGAGAGUAGAGACCCGCAUGGGUGUAAGGAUCCAUUCACUCGGUCAAUUCACACUGCUGUGUAACCCCUGGAGUCGAGAUGAUUCUGUGUUCCUGAGCGCUGAGGAGCAGAGAGAUGAAUAUGUGAUGAGUGAUUUUGGAGUGCUGUUUAAAGGCACACCGGGUAACAUCGUCGCCAGACCGUGGUCCUUUGAUCAGUAUGAAAGGGGGAUUUUGGACAUUUGUAUAAAGAUGCUACAGUUAAGUCCUCAGUAUCUAGCAGACAAGAGGAGAGAUUUACUGAACCGUUCCAGUCCUGUUUACAUUGGCAGAGUGGUCUCAGCCAUGAUAAACUCUCCGGAUGAUCAGGGUGUACUGAUGGGAAAAUGGUCGGGUGAAUACGAAGAUGGCAUUAACCCUUCGUUAUGGUCCGGCAGUGCAGAUAUUCUCCAGAUGUGGUCCGCAUCACAAUUCCGCCCUGUGAAAUAUGGCCAGUGCUGGGUUUUUGCAGCUGUCAUGUGUACAGUAAUGAGGGCACUCGGCAUUCCAACUCGUGUGGUCACCAACUUUAACUCCGCUCACGACACAAAUGGAAACAUGGUUAUUGAGGAAUAUUACUCAGAGUUUGGGGAAAAGCUGCCUGUCGGCCGGGACAGCAUCUGGAACUUUCAUGUUUGGGUGGAGUCUUGGAUGCAGAGGCCUGAUUUGGGUGAAGGGUUUGAUGGUUGGCAGGUUCUUGACCCCACACCCCAAGAGAUGAGCGCAGGAAUGUAUAGAUGUGGACCUGCUUCUCUUAAAGCCAUUCGUGAGAAAGAGAUAGAUGCGCAGUACGACGUACCAUUUGUCUACGCUGAAGUGAACGCCGAUGUGCAAAUAAUACUUGUCCGAAAUGGCAACAUUUUAGGAACCAUGACUGAUACCAAAAGAGUUGGAGCCCUGGUUUGCACCAAACGUAUUGGAUCCACACAAAUGCAGAAUCUCACCUCAGACUAUAAAACUGAGACUGAGGACAGAGCAUUUAGUCGGUUUGCUGCUCGGCAGGGUGUUGCUGUGUCUCUCAGUCUUCUGAAGGCUCCUGUAGUUGGAGAAAGCAUCGUGUUCAACGUCAUCAUCACCAACAACGCACCCAAAGAAAAAGUGCUCAAGGUGCAUAUCAACGCUCAACACAAAGAAUACAACCGCAAUCCUACCGCUGCAACCUUCUGGGAGAUUCAUAAUGAUCUGAAGAUCGCUCCUAAUCUAACUCGGACAUUCAAACACGAGAUUUCUUACGGCAAGUAUGCAAGGGAUGAGUCCAGGGAAGAUGAUCUGGUUAACUUGGCUGUGGUUUUAGAGGACGUAGAGACUCAGGAGAGAGUGAUGGCAUCUGAAGAGUUCAACAUCAGCAGUCCUACUCUCAGUAUACAGAUCGCGAAUGAGUACUCGGUCAUCGUUAACAGGCCACAGGCUGCUAUAGUGUCCUUCAUGAAUCCUUUCAACGUAUCAGUGAGUGGAGAGCUCAGGGUCACCGGUGCAGGACUCUUGGAAGAGAAGAUUCGAAUGAGACUCACACUUCAGCCUGGAGAGGCCAUGAAGAAGCCGAUUCAGUUCAUUCCCAAGAUGCCAGGUGCCAGGAUGCUUCAGGCUAGUUUAGUGUUGACAAACCUGCCCAGCAUCUUCUAUGGAUUCAAGACCAUCUUUGUUAAACAGGCUUGAAGUGAAGAUUUACUGUCCAUAAACUUUUUGUAGUCAGAUAUGUAGUCUUUGUGUUUCUCAUGUUGAUGUUUGUAUAGGAUACUGUAUCUGUAGUUUUGUAAAGUGCACCUCAUCUGUAAGUAACCUGACUAAAAGCAUCUGCUUGUAUACUUUUUAA